GCCAUAUGGCAAUUCUCAGGGGAGCAGGCAUAUGCUCCUCCAUACUUGGAAGUGCCAGGGGCGGACUGACAACUCAUGGGGCCCCCGGCAAUAGGGGAUCAUGGGGCCCCUGUGUCCAUACCCAAACUCAAAAAAGCCUAUGAAAAAGGUACCAGGGGCAUCUCACGGGGCCCCCUACUGACCCCGGGCACUCGGGCAGUGCCUGAGUUUCCAAAUGGUCAGUCCGCCCUUGCU